CCACUCUCUCCUCUCCUUCCCCACCCCCUCUCUGUACCAAAAAUUUUAUUCACUCUUAUCAUUCCAUUUCCACAAAAUUCACUUUCAUUCUCCCUCUGCCUCUCUCUGAUAAACAAAGCACAAAAUCAUGCCACUUUUUGCAGAGCACAGCAGCAGCACACCAGCAGCUAUAGCAGACCAAAUCAAGCUAAGAAAACCCAGAAGCCAACAAGAGUUGCAACCCAUUUCAACUGAAACAGAUCCAAACCCACAUGCUUCCAAGUCAUCCAAAUCCAACACAAUUAUCUCCUCCCUCUUUCACUCUCACUUCUCUACAACCCCACCUGACCAAUCCAAAAAGAAAGGUGCCACCUUUAGGGGCCUAGGAUGCACUGCUGGAGCAGCUCAGCAAGUAUCGGUGCCGGCGGUGAUAAGGUCAUCCGCGGACUGGGAAGGGAAAAGGGUCAAGAAGAAGAAGGGCCAUCCAAAAAGAAAGAAAGAGAGCUUGAAACUUUGCAGUGACAACAACAAUACUAGUAAUAGCAAUGGUGAUGUUAAUGGAGAUGGUAAUUUUGCGAAUUGUAUGGUUAUGCAAGAUGUUUGGUGCGGACCUGGAAUGGGGUUAUCUGGUGCUGAUGCUGUUGUUGGGUCAGUUGACUGUGUUGUGGCUAGAAGAAACGUGUCAAUUGGUAGAGGAAAGAUUGAUGGAGGAGAGAAAAUUAAUCAAAGGGAAAGAGAGAGGGAGAGGGAGAGAGAGCGUCCUUGUAUAGUUAGGCGGGCAGCAGUUAAUCCUGAAACUCUUUCAUUUCUGGAUACUGAUCCUGCCUUUAUAACAUCUCGUCCUGAGCCAGAAGUUUUUGGAACUCGGUAUUAUCGCCAUAUUCGACAUCCUUCCCCAGAUGGACUCGCUGAGAUAAUGAUGCUCCAAAAUAGUUUCAUCAUGGGAGGAAGAAUGGAUCGAUUUAGCAACUGGAGACUAGAUAUUGAUCACAUGACAUACGAGCAACUGCUCGAUUUAGGUGAUAGAAUUGGUUAUGUGAAUACUGGAUUGAAAGAAGAUGAGAUCAGCCGCUGUGUUAAGAAAAUUAAUCCCUCAUUCAUCAAGGAACUGUCAUCACAUUUACCUAUGGUAUUGGAAAAGAAGUGCAGCAUUUGUCAGGAUGACUAUGAAGAAGAUGGUGAGGUGGGAAAACUUGAUUGUGGACAUGGUUUUCACAUACAAUGCAUAAAGCAAUGGCUUGGACAGAAAAAUACCUGCCCAGUUUGUAAGAAAGAACCGGUGGGUCGAGGCUAGUAUAUCUUCGAACUGCUGCCAUUUACCCGUUGGUGUGUAUAGAUUUCAUUUCCUAUACGUAAUCAAGCAUUCAUUCUUUGGCCUGAAGCUUCAACCUCCAUAUGCCUAGAAAUCAGAGGCUCAUGUUUUUUUUUUUCUCCCAGCAAUGUCAUGCUGAUUGAAAUUAUUACCUUACUGGAAUUUGAUGGAAAUCAUUACAGUUUGAUAGAUGCUUGAAAUGGAAUGUGCUCAAUUCCAUAACCCUUUUAUGAUUA